AUGAGGUGGGCGGUAGGUGUGUGGGGUGGUGAGGGGGAUGAGGGGGUUUUGGGGGGGGGGGGGGGGAAGAAUGUGUUUGAGGAAGGGGGGUUGGGGAGAGAGGGGAGUGGGGGGGGGGGGGGGGGGGGGGGGGGGGGGGGGGGGGGUGGUUGGGGUUUUGUUUGGUGGGUUGUUGGUGGGGGGGGGUGUGUGGGGGGGGUGGGGUUUGUGGGAGAGGGGAUAGUUAUAUUUUGGUGUUUUGGGGGGUUGGUGUGGGGGUGUUUUGUGGUGAGUGGGUUUAGGAGGGGGUUGAGUGGGGGGGUAUGGGGGGGGGGGGUUUUUAUUGGGGGGAUUAGGUACACUAUGUUUUUGGAGGGGGGGGGGGGGGGGGGGGGGGGGGGGGGGGGGGGGGGGGGGGGGGGGGGGGGGGGGGGGGGGGGGGGAUUGUUUAUUGGGGUUGGGGGUGGGUGGGGGGGGGGGGGGGGGGUGGGGUGGGGGGGUGGUGGGGGGGGGUGGGGUUUGGGGGGGGGGGGGGGGUGGGGGGAGGGGGGGGGGGGGGGGGGGAGGUGGGGGGGGGGGGGGGGGGUGGGGUUGGGGGGGGGGGGGGUUGGGGGGGGGGGGGGGGAUGGGUGGGGGGGGUGGGGGGGGGGUGGGGGGGGGGGGGGGGGGGGGGGGGGUUGGGGGUGGGUGGGGGUGGGUUGUUGGUGGGUGGUGUGGGGGGGUUGGGGUGGUGGUGUUGGGGGGUGGGUGGGGGGUUGGGUUGGGGGGUGGGGGGGGGGGGGGGGGGGUGGGGGGGGGGGGUGGGGGGUGGGGGGGGGGGGGGUGUGUGGUGGGUGGUGGGUGGGGGGGUGGGGGGGUUGGGGGGGUGGUGUGGUGUGGUGUGGGUUGUGGGAUGGUGUGGGUUGUGGUGUGGGGUGGGUGGUGUGGUGGGGUGGGGGGGGGGGGUGGUGUGUUUGGUUGUGGUAUUAUGAGUGA